UCAUGCCCAGGGGCUACGAUCAGGGCCUCAGAAUCUCAACUAUCAAAAUGAGGCAUAUCUCCCACUGAAGACCUGAGUUCUUCUGAUGUUAUUUGAGCCAGGCUGGCCUUGAACACUGUAUCCUCCUGCCUCAGCCCCAAAUGCUGGACUUACAGGGUGCCCCUCCAGUCACCAUGAGGCUCCUCAUCUCACUUCCUGUCCUGAUUGUGGUUGUGGCCAUGGCUUUGGAAGGCCCACCCCCUGCCCAGGCGGCCCCUGACUUGGCCAGCACAUUCGAGAGUAUACCAGAUAAACUGAAGGCGUUUGGGAGCGCUUUGGAAGACAAGGCUCGGGCAGCCAUUGAACAUAUCAAAGAGAAGGAAAUUUUGACCAAGACACGGGCCUGGUUUUCAGAGGUAUUCGGCAAAGCGAAAGAUACGUUAAAAACCACGUUUGCCUAGAAGCCCAGAAGGCUACCUCCCCGUGAGGACACCCUUGACCUGCCAGGCCCCUCCUCACCUCCUCACCGCACAAUAAUUAAAAACCUAUGGAGAACAA